UAAUAGUAUUAUUAUUUUGUGGUAGUUUUAUUUUUGUUACUAUCUGUUAUUUUUUUUUACUAUUUAUUGUUUCUCAUUCUUAUGUUAUGGCUUUUACUAGACUAUUGUUGUCUUGAGUUGAGUUGAGGGCUUAUCGAAAAUAUGUUUUGUGUCUCAUCUUUAAUGUAGUGGUACGGACUACAUAUACUUACCACCUCAGACCCAACUUUAUGGGAAUAUAUUGAAUAUAUUAUUUUCUUUGUUGUUGAUGCAUCAACCAUUUCUAAGGUGAUCCUCGAAAUUGCCACUAUUAUCUUUUUCUUCCAAUUCUUUGUUUCUCCUUUAUAUGUUUCCCUUUUUUAAAUUUCUUUUUAAUCCAUUAAAUUAUGGUUAGUAUAUUUAAAAUGAGAAAGAAGGAAUAGCCUUGUGGGUUCGUGUGGGUUGUAAAUGGGAUACACAAGGGAAGUUUGGGAUUAGAGUAGAUAUGAUAUGGUAGAUCUCAAACUAUCAUUAACAAAUUAAAGUAUUUUAUAUUAGGUGUGUUUGGCAUGGAGAUAAUAUUUUUCAUGAAAAAAUAAUUUUUUAUUUAUUUUUUUAGUAUUUGUUAAGAUAAUAAAAAAAAUAUUAUUUCAAAAAUAUUUAUAUAUAAUCUAUAGUAACAAAUAACUAUAUCGGUGGGAGGGGUGGGAUGUGGGGCCUUGGGGUGGCGACAUUUUGCAGAAAAUGUUUUUCUCCAUACCAAACACACCCACAUAUGUAUUUUUAAAAAAUUGGUAUUUGGUAAGGGAAAAAUGAAUAUAAAAAAUAUUGAAUAUCAUACUAAAGUGUGUAGUUACAUGUACAUGUCAUGUAUAUUAUUAUUAUAAUAUUAAAAAAAAUAUAAAACUAUUAUUAGUAUAAAAAUUACUUUUGAAAAUAUUGACACUUUGACUACUCUAUGUUAGAAAUAUUCUUUAGGUAUAUUUGAUUAACACAGGGAAUUGCUUGUACUUUCUUUUCAAUAUUUCUACAUGUGGAUGGUGUAAUCAGUAUGAUAUAAUUCAGGCAUUUCUUGAAAAGUCGAAGUCAUAUUUCUCUAUUAUAUGAGUGUAUGUAAGUUGAAGUCGAAUAAACUACGGUUACUGAUUUAUAAUCUCACAAGAAAUUGGACCAUUUGUGGCGACAAAAAGCGCCACAACAGGUCAGAAAGUCGCUACUAUAUGUUUUUAGUGGGACAUUGUAGUCUUAGCUUAGUACAUUUUAAAUUUUUCCAAACAAAGAAUUGCAUAUAUUAUUUGAUUUGAUUGUGAUAUAUGCAGGUUUGUAUUUAUAAGGUCUAUGAAGUGUUUCCAGCUCUCUAAUUCAGAUAAGAAUGAUGAUCAAAACAAGACUACGAAGUCGACAUCAGGACAGUCAUCAUCUGCCUCGGUUUCAAGUACAGAUCGCGAGUUGAAAGGAUCUGAAUACAGCUCGCAGAAUGUGUCAUCGGAUAUUAGCACUGAGUCCUCUUCAAGGCUUUCGUUUUCAUGUUUGUCUAAUAAAAUGCCUAGCAACCUUAGAGUCUUCACAGUUGAAGAGUUGAAGACCGCCACUAGGAACUUUAGCCGAUCCCUCAUGAUAGGAGAAGGCGGUUUUGGUGGUGUAUACAGGGGAGUUUUGAAGGACAUGAAAGAUUCCAAUAUCGCGGUUAAACAACUCAGUCAGAGAGGCUUGCAGGGGCAUAAGGAAUGGGUUACUGAGGUGAGCGUCCUGGGUGUCGUUGAGCAUCCGAAUCUUGUCAAACUCAUAGGCUAUUGCGCACAGGACGAUGAGAGAGGAAUACAACGUCUGCUGGUAUAUGAGUUCUUGCCCAACAAAAGCGUGCAGGAUCAUUUAAUGAGUCGUUUUAUGUCACCUUUGCCAUGGGAAAUAAGAUUAAAUAUUGCCCGCGAUGCUGCUAGAGGCUUGGCAUACCUUCACGAGGGAAUGGAGUUUCAGAUUAUCUUUAGAGAUUUCAAAUCAUCGAACAUUCUCUUGGAUGAGAAAUGGAAUGCAAAGCUUUCCGAUUUUGGCUUGGCCCGAUUAGGCCCUUCUGACGGAUUAAGCCAUGUCUCAACCGCGGUGGUGGGAACUGUUGGAUAUGCAGCUCCAGAAUACAUACAGACCGGGCGCCUAACUGCCAAGAGUGAUGUAUGGAGCUAUGGAGUGUUUCUAUACGAACUCAUUACAGGUAGGCAUCCCUUGGACAGAAAUAAACCUAAAAACGAGCAAAAACUACUCGAGUGGGUGAGACCACAUCUUACAGACAUGAAGAAGUUUGAACAAAUUUUGGAUCCUCGAUUGGAUGGGAACUACUCGAUUAAAUCAGCUCAGAAUUUAGCUGCCAUAGCAAAUAGGUGUUUAGUUAAGCACCCGAGGAACCGGCCAAAAAUGAGUGAGGUCUACGAGAUGGUGAAUCAGAUCGUGGAGGCCACGGCUGAAGCAAAAAGUCAUCCAGAGACGCCUGUAGAAGAUAGUUCAACGCCAAAAAUUGACGAUGAGAAGUUCAGAGUAAGAUGUCUAAAUGCAAGCAGAAGGUUGGUAGAACACAGUACUCCUGGAGAAAACAAGUUGUUGGUAUGGAAAUUGUGGAAGCCUAAGCUUGUCAGUUCCAAUUGAGUGGCCGAAAUGAUGCGUAUGCUACCUUCGGUUUUCUUGUGCAAAUGACUCAAAUUGUAAAAAUGUUCGACUUUGCGAAAUUAUAAGAUGAAAUCAUAUUGAGCAUAGUAAA